AUGGCUAUUGGGCCUGAUGCUGAUCUCAAGGAAACGGAUAAACAUUUUCAGAAGCCGGAUUUGUGGAAGCCACUGCUGCCUGAAGACAUCCAGGCUGGAGAAGAACUGCAUGUCAGGGUUCCAGCCUCCAGUUUACAGGAGCUGAAAGGCAGCUUAAAUCAGCAUUUGAUAUCUUAUGAGGUCCUAAUACGUGAUGUACAAGAACAGCUGGACAGUAGCAUGCCAAGGAAGGGCGGCAGUCACUGGAGGGUUCCAGAGGGCUAGUCCUACACUGUAUAUCAUCCAAUGGAAGAGAUUUAUCACUGGAUGUACCAGAUAAAGGAGAGCAGCAGUGAGUUGGUGACACAGCAUUAUCUAGGAAUGACAUAUGAGAGCCGGCCAAUGUAUUAUCUGAAGAUAGGUCAACCAUCAAAUAAGGCUAAGAAAAUUAUUUGGAUGGACUGUGGGAUUCAUGCCAGAGAAUGGAUUUCUCCUGCCUUUUGCCAGUCUUUUAUGAAAGAAAUUUUGUAGAAUUACAAAACUGACCCAAAGAUAAAAAGCUUCCUGCAGAACUUAGACGUAUAUAUCCUGCCAGUUCGCAAUAUCGAUGGUUAUAUCUAUUCCUGGACAACAGAACGUCUGUGGAAAAAAUCCCGCUCUGCACUUGUAAAUGGCACGUGCUUUGGGACAGAUCUUAACUGUAACUUCAAUGGCUCCUGGGGCAGAGGGUAUUGGUGCAUGCAUAACUGCAGCAGCCUCACUUUCUGUGGAACAGGGCCAGAAUCAGAACCCGAGACUAAAGCUGUGGCCAGAUUUAUAGAAAAAAGGAAAAGCGAUGUUUUGUACUUCUUGACUAUCCACUCUUAUGGACAGUACAUUCUCACUCUCUAUGGUUACAAAACCGAUUUGGCAAGUAACCACCAGGAUUUGGUGGAAGCUGCAGAGAAAGCAGAAGUCACACUGAAGGAAAAGCAUGGGACCAAUUUUACAGUGGGACCGACUUCUUUGGUUUUGUACAAGAACUCUAGCUCCUUGCGGGACUGGGCUCACAUGAUUGGCAUUCCAUUUUUCUACACAUUUGAACUGAGAGACAAGGGUGCCUAUGGAUUUAUUCUACUGCCAGACCAGAUCCAGCCCACAUGUGAUGAGACUACCACAGCUGUGAUGACCAUCAUAGAAUAUGUAAAUCAGAAGUAUUUCCCAAACAGUGCAGUGGCAGUGACCUCUGGCAGCCUGUGGUUAUGGCUCAUUGUCCUAUUCACUCGGACCCUGUCCUAA